AGAUGGAUAGAUAGAUAGAUGCUAAAAAUAAAAUUCACCUUCCUCUUCCCCUUCUCGCCUUCCUCUUACCGUCUGGCUUUCCCCCGCUCCCCUUCCUUCCUUCCUUCCUUCUGCAGAAAGAUUUAGGGGAAUUUAGAUUAGGUUGCCAUUCAUUCAUUCAUUCAUUCAUUCCUCAGGGUCAGGAGGCAUAGAUAAGCUAUUAAUUAAUUAAUUAAUUAAUUAAUAUUAUUAUGGCGACGAGUCGACGACACAUGGGGACCUUCAAUUCCUCUUCCGAGUCCUAGUCCUCCUCCCUCCUCCUCCUCCUCCUCCCCGUGGUUAAUAGAACUCUCUCAUUUUCUCCCAUCUGCUUGCCCUUUGAAUUAAGAUCUCAUCUCAUCUCAGGGAAUGGAUCCUUAGGGUUCUUCUGGACUUAUCCUGCCUAAUUCCCCCUGCUCUCCGUCCGUCCGUCCGUCCGUAUGCAUGUGUGCUCCUCAGUUUUGAGAGGCUUGGAUGGAGAGAGACCCCGAACAACGCCGCUCCCCCUUUCAUGGCCAUGUCGAAGAUCGCACCCCAACCAACGGUGGCUUCGACUUCUACGAUGAUGAUCAUCCUGAUUACGCCGGUAGCGCUUCAUCUAUGUCAAAUCAGCUCUUACCUGUCUCUUGGUCGUCACCACCACUAUCAGCGUCCACUUCGUCUCUUCCCGCCUACAUUGAACAUCCUGUCUCUAAGUUUGAUACUCUUGCUGGGGUCGCCAUCAGAUACGGUGUCGAGGUGGCUGAUCUCAAAAGGUUGAACGGCUUAGUUACGGAUAUUCAAAUGUUUGCUCUCAAGUCACUCCACGUUCCCCUACCUGGAAGACACCCUCCCUCUACUUGUUUGUCAACUGGUUCCAAUGACAUUGGAGAGAGCAGUUCUGAGCGGACCCCACCUCACCAUGCAAGCAAUCUUUUGGAUUCUUUCCAGUCACCUUGGCUGAAGUCGUCUCAGCAGAAGGUUUCCCCUGCUAUGAGCUCAUUGCAGGGUUACUAUGGGCUUGAAUCUAAGGGAGGUUCUCAUUGCCUGGAAGAUGGACUGUUUAUCAGGAUGACCCCGACUGUGAACCCGCCUUUGGGCCGGCAUAGGAAAUCCAAAAGCCUAGUCAUUGAUUUUCUUGAUGAGAAGGGUGACGUGGCAGAUUACAUGCCCAGUGCAGAGGAGUCGUCUGAUAGAUGGAUCGAGAAACUAGUUAGGAGGCGUCAGAAGUCGGAGUCUAAUUUUGCGAAAAAAUCCCCAGAGAUGGUGCUGAAGGAGGAUGCUAGUGGUGGAAGUGGGGGAUUUUCUGCGACAGCAGGAAAAGGUUUAGCCUUAAGAUCCAAAGGAACCAGCAGAACAUUAUUGAGCGAUGCGGAUAUGAAUCCAGCAGGUUUAGGGGAUCUAAUCGGGGCCGAUAGCAGCCUGUCCAGUGUGAGAAAGUCAUCGAGCACUUCCAAUCUGCAGGAUCAGGAAACCAGUAGCUUGUCAUCUAUAUGGCCGACUCCCAGGUGGAGCAUGAAACCUGACUUGCAGUCACUUUCAACUGCAGCCAUAACUAGACCCAUCUUUGAUGGCUUGCCCAAACCUUUAACUACCCGGAGGAACAAGGCUGCACUUGAUUGACCCAAACCCAUCCCUCAAUCGUCUGCACCGCUUUCUUGUUCAUCUCUUGGGUCUUUCUUUUUUUCUUUUUUCUUUUAAUCCAUCACUUUUUUAACUUGUAUGAUUUUUCCCACGGCAGGGCAGCCUUUCGUGAAUUUAAAUUGGUAAGUAGAUAUAUAUGAUGAUAGCGAGAGCAGAAGGAUGAAAGCCGAGUGGUUAGUUCAGACACCCAGGUAAUAAUCCUAGGUGGGAGAGUAGCUAUGUAUUUGUAUUUAUAAUUUUGUAUUGGAUGUAGUCUUACUGUUUCGAUCAUUGUACUUUCGAUAAAAUGAACCAAAAGCGGAAUUUCUGAUAUUGAAGAGCGGCAAUCAAUAA